UCGGUAGCGUCGCUUUCGGCCCAGGUGAGAUUUGGAAUGGUCUCAAUGUUGGGCUGUCGUUUUAGGAUGUCCGCAUCUGCCAAGCUCUCGCGAUAUCUGCCCAGCUGCUACACCCACAGCCGUGUCUUAUGAUACGAAAACAGCCGGUCGCCUUCCGCUGCAGCCUGUGUGUGACGAGCAGGCGAGCUGUGGGGCACAGCCUGCAUGCUGGGAGCCGUGCCCCUGGCGAGUGACAGCAACGUGCAGCUCCGGUUCCUGGCACCCGACGAUGCCACCGAGGUGCGCAGACUCUGCACCGACUGGUUCCCCAUUGAGUACCCGGACUCCUGGUACCAUGACAUCACCUCCAACCCCAGGUUUUUUGCCUUGGCAGCCAUGUAUGGGGGUCGCAUCAUUGGCCUCAUUGUUGCCGAAAGCAAGGCACAGUCCCUGUGCAACCGAGAAGACGCGGGGCUCCUGGCUGCAAACUUCCCGCCCGCUGCACAGGUUGCCUACAUUCUUACCCUGGGGGUGGUACGCGAGUGCCGGCGCAAUGGCAUAGCCACACUCCUGCUGGACAGCCUGCUUGCGCACCUGUCCCAGCAGCAGCCACAGUCUGGUGCCUGCAAGGCCGUCUACCUGCACGUGCUGGCAUCCAACACGUGCGCCAUCCAGUUCUACGAGCGGCGCCGCUUUCGGCCGCACGCCUUCCUGCCUUUGUACUACUCGGUUCGGGGCACACCACGCGAUGGAUACUCAUACGUGUUGUACAUCAAUGGUGGGCAUCCGCCCUGGACACUCUUGGACUACAUCAAGCACUGGAGCCAGAAGGUGUCUCGACUGGAAGUGUGCGCACUGCCCAAGCAGCUGCUUCGCAUGGUGGGGAAGCUGUUCUCCCGCCUGUUCUCCAGGGUGUUUGUGUCACACAAGUAGCACCGUGCCUUGCCCCCAUCCGAAAGGACUGCUGCCCAGGCACCACAAGACUGUUGUUGAAUUUCGUUUUUUUUUUACUCAGUGCUCCGCCUAUUUUUUCACUGAGUUUAAGUGGGAAAAAAAAUGCUCAUUUGAAUGCAUCGUUGACACUGUGCAAGGUGUCAUUUCCGUUGGUGACCGUUGAGCGAGUGUGAAAGGUUGUGUGCGUGUGCGCUGUUCUGGGCCCUACGCUGUGCCUUGGGUACUCCAGACAAGCGUGGCUGUUGUGUACAGACUGUUCUUUUUUUUUCUUUCUGUGCCUUAGCCACGUCGCUAAGGCUGGUGAGGCAUCAUUGCCAUUUUGCGUGUUUCUCGAAUUGUGUGAAAAACGGUGAACAAGACAAAGGGUGCUGGAAGGAGAUUGCGCUGGUGUUGAUGAACAUGGUGCCACCAUGUCUAAGAGCAAUUAUGACGCGUAAUCAGUAGAUUCCACGAGGGAAAAUCCUUGCAUUGCCCAAUUUUUUAAAUAUCACACCGAUUUCCACACCCUGCAGAACUUUUAAACUCGCUUGUUGUCCGACCAGAAUGUGUACCUCCACACACAGUGCACGACGUAAAUUCUAUGGAAAAAGAAAAACCAAGGGCCUGCUGGGCCUUUAUUUUACAUUUAUUUUAUCAUGGAUUUACUCCUGUGAGCUCGUGUAAGUGGAUCGCAAAUGCCACAAGGUCAGGGUUGCCAGCGAAUUCAGAUUUAUGUGGAAACUUGUGCUCUGCGACUGAAAAAAUGUGACAUCUCCACAAAUGGGCCAACAUGUGGAGAGAGCUAGAGCAUGAAGUCAACGAGCGAAAUGUUGUGUGAAAUCUGGCUUUUGGUCGUGCAUUUGCAGGCAGAAAACCACAAUCAUGCAUGAAACCUUUCCAGUAGCCAAAAACAUUGUGGCAGGAUGUUUUCCACCACUGCCAAGUGCGUGCAUGUUGCCCUUGCUGGUUCCUCAUUAGCAUUUUUCCUCUGCAGCAGAAAAAUAGCCAACCAGUGCCGCCAGCUGUGGCCAAAAAGAGAGAUGUGGCUGUGAUCCCAACGCUGUUGGGGCGUCACAUAGUGCAGCUGUUCUGUUAGAUGCUUCUCAUGCAUGUCUGUGGCACAGAUGUGACAUCUCAAUAUUGGAUCUCUGCACUGGAAUUGGCAGUCAUCACUAAGCCUCUGCAUCAUCCGUAUAAGGAUUUAUAUUUUGUUAUACAGGCAAAUGUGAUGGCAUUAAACUUGACUCGUUAGUGGGAUACUGAGCCUUUAGGCCCCAUAAUCCUGUCAAAUGUGUAAAAAAAUUAUGCCUAUAAAUAUUUUUGCAUGCCAACCCAAGUUGCCAUUUUUCUUCAACUACUUUAAAUGCUACAUGUCUAUCGAAAAUGCCUAUGUACACUUCCAAGCAUUUAAUGAGGUUUCCAUUUUCUAAUCGCAAUUCCAAAUUUGCAGCUUCAGCUAGAAUGCAUUUUCAUUGCAGCAUUUACUAACAUGUUCACACAGUUUAGCUCUUAAUAUAUGCAAUGACGUAAACUUAGCUAAAAACCUAUACCAAGGGGUAUUACUAUGCUAUUGCACUCGUGGCACAUAUCAGUUGUUAGCUUUGUUUUUAAUAGCCGAAUAAGGUGUUGAAUUACUUGCUCAUUGAUUCCUGCGCAGCCCCACAAUUGGCUUCAAAAUAUGAGCAGGUAAAAAUUUUAGCAUUCUUACAUAACUUGUGUCAAAAUGUUGCAUACUGUCUUUUCACUCUAAACUUACAAAGCUGUGCUUCAGUACUUUUUUUAGAUGAUAGAAAAAAAAAAAGGCUAGAGAAGGAACAGCACUGCAUUUCCAAAAACCUUGUGGGUGUCAUUAUGACUGGGUGUCAUGUUUUUGCGUAGCAGGUCAACUUUUCAUUGUUUGUGAUUGCGUUAUAUACCCAGCAUAUACUUCAAGUAGCUGUAUAGGUGCUUUCCAAUUACGCCAGGCAUGAUUAAGUUAAAAUAUUCUCAUAUUUGAAGUUUCUGUACAGGAUUCUUACGUGGGGUCCAUGCAACUGUAACCUUGAAUAAAACUUUCUGAAGAGCCGAAAAUUUAGUCUGUUCUGAAACUGUACUUUUCAUGAUACCGAAGGUGCGAGUAAUGCGGUGAAACAAUAUUUUUGAUGGACAGACUCGACCGUCACCUGAAAGGGAGUUAUAUAUGUGUGUGGGUGUCCAUAGGACCACACUUCGUAGCUCUGAAAAUGAGGCUUCAGUUGAAGCAUUCGCAGCUUUGCAGGCUGUCGAAUGUAUUGCCAUGAAUAACUUGCAAUGGCAUGGAUACUCAAAUCGACGGCAUACCUGUCACAAUUUGUUAACGGGAUGAACUAGUCGUGGUAGCAGCAUCAAAGCGUGAUACCAUAUCACACAGGCAUAGCGCUCCUAUAGGAAGGUGCACUUAAAAAAGCAAGUUCUAGUACCACAGCAUCGUUUACAAUACUGUGCAUCAUCCGGAACAUGGCUUACCCAGACUGGUGAAGAUGUCUAGUAAUAACUUGGCCUGUCAUUGUUUUGGAGUGGCUGCCAUUCGCGCUCCAGCGCGUCCUCAUUCUUUGAUGAAUUUUCUUUUCAUGCGUAGGCCGUUAGUAAUCGACCUAGGUAUACAUAUUCUUCUACCGACUCCUGUGGUUGGUUUGUGAACUCUUUCUCUUUCGCCAGGCUACUCAGCAUUAUCUUUGUCUUCAGCAUAUUCAUUUUUAGUCCUACUUUUAUGCUUUCUCGGUUUAGGUCCCCAAUCAUCUUUUGCAACUCGUCGCCAUCGUUGCUGAAGAGCACCAUGUCAUCCGCAAAUUGUAGGUAGCUGAGGUAUCCUCUGUUAAUUUUUAUUUCCCGUUUCUGUCCAGUCCAGUUCUUUCAAUACAUCUAAGCAUGCAGUGAGCAACAUUAGGGAGAUCGUAUCUCCCAGUUGGACCCCUUCUUCUAUCACACUUUUUUUUUUUUUUUUGUGGAAAAGCUGUGGAGUCUUUGCGGAUGUCGACUAGGGUAUUUACAUAAGCUUCAGGUGCUCAUUGGUGACUUGGUGCUUUCGAGACUGCUGGUAUCUCUACUAAGUUGAAGGUCUUUUUGUAGUCUAUGAAUGCUAAAUAAAGGGGUUGUUUUCAGCAGAUUUUCCGAUUCGCUGGUCGAUUAUGUGACUGCAAUCCAUCGUAGAGAAUCCUUUCCUGAAACCAACUUGCUCUCCAGGUUGGCUGAAGUUAAAUGACAGGCAAUAUGCGUUGUUCUCAAAGCGGAUAUACAACUGCAUACUGCCAGUUCUAACAUGUGGAGCUGAAACAUGAAGGAUUACAGAGAAACUGAAGGAGAGUUUAGGACCACGUAGUGUUUAGUGGAAUGGAAAAUGGUAGGCGUAACAUUGAGAGAUCAGAGGACGGCAGAAUGGGUCAGGAAACAAAUAUGGAAAUGGACCUGGGCUGGCCAUGUCAUGCGUAGGACAGACAACCGGUGGACAGUUAGAGCAACAGAAUGGUUACCAAGGGACGGGAAACGCAGUCGAGGAAGGCAGCGAGCGAGAUGGAGUGAUAAAAUUAAAGAAGUUCACAGGGAUAAAAUGGAACCAGCUCGCACAACAUAAGGUAAACUGUAAAUCGAGAGAGGCCUUCGUCCAGCACUGGACCUAAACAGGCUGUAAAUGAUGAAUAAGGUGGGUUUCUGCAGCAUGCACCGAGAAACAAAGUCGCAGUGUGUCCAUAUACAGUACGAGCUUGUUAUGACAAAGUUGCUUAUUGCACGGAAGUAUACCUUUGUUACACUCAGUAUUUGUUAUAAGUGUACACGCUCGCAUUGGCAGAAAAUAUUUCGCAAUUUUAUUUAUUUAGUUAUAUCCAGCGUUGAUUGUACCAACAACUGUGCCUUGCAGGUUCACACCAUGUACUACUAUCCUGAUUCCAUGCAGGCAGUAGACAAAAGACUUCGUGUGUAUGCAUUUGCAUGCUCUGUUAACCAGAUGCAUGAAAGAGAACACACCAGGAGUUGAACUUUGGCCUGUGUUUGACUACUGUCUGCAGUCGUUGAAAUGUAAAAUGGUGGAGCAUGUGGUUUUUGUGCACUCCAGCAAAAUUGAAAAGCUGCAUAGAUCUACAGCCAACUGUGAUGUGUCGCAAGCAGCGUAGGUUGGCACACUUGACUCGUGAGUGCGCUCACUGAUUAUAAAAGUGCGAGUAUGAGUGCAAGUGAGUGAUGAGGGGAGUAUGUGUCAUUGUGAACAUGAGUGAGUGCCAGUGGAUUAAAUGGGUACGAAUGCAAGUACCUGUCAGUGUGAAUACAAUGAAACCUCAAUAUAACAAAUUUGCAUAUAACGAAUUAUCGGUUAUAACGAAGUAAAUGAAAAACAAGUCUUUCCACUGCUAGAGUGUAAGGAAUAUAUGUUCAUAACGAAUUUUUGGAUACAAUGAAUUUAUUUCUAUGUCAGAUACGACUUGUUAUAAUUAGGUUUGACUGUAUACAUGAGUGUGAAUAUGGGUGUGAACAUGAGAGUUUACUUGCAAGUGUAUUUAGAUCUAAGAAUGAACAUUUGUAAGUGGAUGCAAGUGUGAAUGUCAGCACCUGUGUCAAGCACUGUCCCCUGGCACAUCAGAGUUGGCCAUAUGUCCUCACAUCUGUGCUUUUUGCUGGACUGCGCAAAAGCCGUCUAUCUACUGUUGGCAUUUGAAUCGCGGCAUGUAAUUAGUACAUCCAGUGGAUCAGGAUCACAACUCUUCUACACAUUCCUGUCUCAUACAUUUAUCAUGGAUGACGUGCAAUAUGUGUUGCGAUGUUAUUUAUUUACCAGUGUGUUGUGGCGGAAGCAUACGAACAAGCUCUUGUGAAGUGAGGAAGGGUGCAUUUGUUGUGUUUUAUUUUUAUUUCUCGUUCAAAGUGUGUUUUACCCUUCCCCGAGUGAGUUGUGUGGUAUGCUGGUUGUUUGCAGUGUGAAUGACACCAUAUCGACAAGGCACACUGCUGUUUUAGGCAACAGAUGCAGAUGUUUUAAGCAAAUAAAAGCUUGUGAAAGUUCUUA